AUGGCUUCUCUCUUUUUCUCCGCCCCUGUCGAUAUCGAUGUCGUCCUUGAGGAUCUCGAUGAGCGCCAGACCGUCGAUGUCAAGCUCGAUAAGGGUCAUCGCGAGCGGGUCCCGCUGUACAUGGACGGCGAGUCCGUGAAGGGUGCCGUGACCGUGAGACCCAAGGAUGGCAAGCGACUAGAGCACACCGGCAUCAAGGUGCAAUUCAUCGGCACAAUCGAGAUGUUCUACGACCGAGGCAACCACUAUGAAUUCCUGUCCCUGGUCCAAGAGCUCGCUGCUCCCGGCGAGCUGCUCCACCCGCAAUCGUUCCCCUUCAACUUCAAGAACGUCGAGAAGCAGUACGAGUCUUACAAUGGUAUCAACGUCAAGCUGCGCUACUUCGUCCGAGUGCUGGUCUCGCGCCGCAUGGCCGACGUCGUCCGCGAGAAGGACCUCUGGGUGUACUCCUACCGCAUGCCGCCCGAGAACAACAGCCCGAUCAAGAUGGACGUCGGUAUCGAGGACUGCUUGCACAUCGAAUUCGAGUACUCCAAAUCCAAGUACCAUCUUAAGGACGUGAUCGUGGGUCGCAUCUAUUUCCUGCUCGUGCGGUUGAAGAUCAAGCAUAUGGAGCUGUCUAUCAUUCGUCGGGAAACGACUGGUUCCCCACCAAACCAAUAUAAUGAGAGUGAGACGCUGGUGCGCUUUGAGAUUAUGGAUGGUUCGCCAUCGCGAGGUGAAACCAUUCCGAUUCGUCUGUUCCUCGGUGGAUUCGAUCUGACACCCACGUUCCGCGAUGUUAACAAGAAGUACUCAACGAGGUACUACCUCAGUCUAACGCCCGUCGCUACUUCAAGCAGUCCGAAAUUGUGCUCUACCGCCAAGCCCCCCGAGAUCGCCCCGAACGCUCAGAUCGCACAGCAGCAGCAGAUCCAGCAGCAGAUGCUUCUCGAGCAACAGCGCCAGCAGCCUGCUCUGCCACCGGGCUCAGCGACCGCUGGCCCUGGAAGGGAAUCCGCGCCCCUUCGCCAGGAACCUCAGCCGGUCCCUGCGCCCGCAGCAUAG